UUUAAUUGCUGAUUGAUGAGCUGAGAAGUGUGAACUGUAAGUUACUUUUGAAGCAGUGAAGAGCUAUGGACGAUCGAGUGGAAGACAUCCAGAUGACUGGAGCGGCCGAGGAAGCAGCCCAUUUUCCAGAUAAAGAAGCAAGCGAGGCAGACAUAGAUCAGUCCGUAAAGGAUGAGAAGAAGACUAGUGAAGAGUAUUAUUUUGGUUGUGGUCCUUUUCAUCCAAAUUGCCUCCAGAUCCUGUUUAGGAGAAAGAAAUUCUUCACUUUCCUCUUAGCGGCUUUUAGUUUCUUGCAAUCAGCUGUUAUAUCAGGUUUCAUCUCGUCUGUAAUUUCCUCAAUUGAGAGACGAUACAACUUAUCCAGCACUCAAGCAGGCAUAAUGGUCAUUACGUAUGACAUAACAGUCACAAUCAGCGUCGUCUUUGUGAGCUACUUUGGUGCGAAAUCCCACCAGCCUAGACUGCUAGGUUUGGCAACUCUUCUAAUGGCAUUUGGUGCUUUUUUAUUCUCUCUUCCUCACUUUAUACUGCAAGUUGAUGAGCACUCCAGUGAUAAUGAUGGAGCCUUACGUCAAUACUGCUCUAAUAAUGCCAACUCCAGCUCAACCGAGGACUGCUCCAACGUGAACACAAUUGCAUAUGCUAUUUUUAUUAUCAGCAAUAUUAUAUUAGGCAUAGCAUCAUCUCCUAUAUACACUAUUGGUGUUUCAUACUUGGACGAGAUUGCUUUUCCACGCUAUGUCUCGCUCCAUAUUGGUAUGAUCAGUACCACUCUCAUUCUUGGCCCUGUCGUUGCUUUUGGACUUGGAAGCAUAUUUCUAUCAAUUUAUGUCAACCCGUUAGCAGAUACUUCACUCACAACAAGUGAUCCAGCUUGGGUUGGGGCCUGGUGGAUGCCAUUUCUCAUAUCUUCUUUCUGUCUAUUUAUUUUGGCCAUUCCUUUUUUAAUGUUCCCACGCUAUCUGCCGGACAGUCCUCAAGUCUGGAAAGAGAGAGCUAAAGAAAUGGCAAAGAUAUAUUCAAAGAAAUAUGCAAAUGAGAACAGCACUAGUAUAGUCUUUAAAAUGUUUCCUACACACAUUAAGCGAUUGAUUCUUAAUCCUUCCUUCAUGUUUGCUGUACUGGGUCUCUGUAUUCUGUACAUCUUCCUACAAGGUGUUAUAUCAUUUGGUCCAAAGUUUUAUGAAGUUCAAUUCAGGUUCACUGCUUCAACCUCUACACUGCUGGUAGGAGGGACCACUAUACCUGGAGCUAUUUUUGGAACUCUUACUGGUGCUUUUGUGGUUUUUGUUUGCAAGAUGAAAGGAAAAGGCAAUAUGUUAUUACUGGCUGUAUCGACCUUUAUUUUAACUUUAUCUUCUUUUGCCAUGCUCCUCCAUUGUCCCAAUAUACCUAUUGUCGGAUUAACAGAAAAUGGGUUUGAAGAGAAUAGCUGUAGCGCAUUGUGUAACUGCAGUGGUACUGAUUUUAUUCCAGUUUGUGGAAAUGGACAAACGUAUCUUUCUCCUUGCCAAGCUGGUUGUAUGCAGCAAUUAGGAGAUUCAAGCUAUGAUAACUGUACAUGUGUCAUUGCUAGCAGUAAUACUAGUACUGAUAAUCCUAUUGAUGAUACUGCAACCAAUGGUUACUGUCAACCAGACUCUUGUCUAUCAAUUAUUAUUCCUGCCGUUAUAAUUUUACUAUUGCUGUCGUUCAUAGUCUUUAUGCUCACACUACCUUAUAUGCAUUUUGUGAUAAGGGUUGUUUCUGAUGAACAGAGGGCACUAGCUUUAGGCCUUCAAUCAGCAAUGAAUAGGGCACUGGGUAAUGUCCCUGGCCCUCUAAUAUUUGGAGUUUCAUUUGAUGCUUCGUGUAUACUAUGGGAAGAAGAAUGUGGCCGUAGAGGCAACUGUCUUGUAUAUGAUAGUAAUAAAUUGUCUAUUUACCUUUUGUCAAUUGCUCUGCCUUGCAUUUCCAUUGCAGCUUGCUUGUUCUUUCUAGCAUGGCUGACGUAUCCAAGACAGAGAAAACAGGAGACAAUUGACAAUUAAUUAUAAAAUUUAUUUAUUACACAUUUGUGUUGCAAAGCAAUUUAAAUCAUCAUAUUAUCUAAUUAAAA